AUGAAAUCAUAUCUAAAUAUAAUAAAUGAAUCAUACGAUAGCAUUAGAAAACAAAAAAGUGGAAUCAAACCAAAGACUGUUCAAUAUGAAUCGGAAGAUUGGGAAUCGUGGAGAGAUGAACAUGAACAAUCGAAAGAGUUUAAAGAGUUGAGCAACGAAAGAUCCCCUGUCACUACAGAUCCAAGACACCUGUCUGCUGCCCAAGGACUACAGCUGAAUCUACAGUUCUAUGACGGUAAACAAGGUGCGAGAAGACGAGUUACGCCAACAUUGAUUACCAACGAUGUCACAUCGCUAGCAUUCUCCAGAUAUUACAACCAUCCGAUCCUACCGGGAACUCUUCCAACUCAAUUGAGAUUCCUUUUGCUGGACGCUUACUUUAACUUUCCACUGCGACCACACGUUCUACCUUGCCAUCUGACAGAACUGAAUCUCGGUGACAGCUUCAAUAUGCCUCUUGAGAAAGAUGUUCUACCGCAAUCGCUUAUGAUCUUGACGCUCGGCAAUGCUUUCAAUAAACCAUUGUGUAAUCUACCGAGCCAGCUAAAGAAACUUACACUUGGUUCCUUUUUCUGUAGUAAACUUAAACUACCGGAUUCGCUAAUCAAAUUGGAUAUAUCUGGUCUGUCGAAUCUAGAGAGAUUGGAAUAUAGCGAGCAGCAUAUCAACACAAGAUUAAUGAUUAGGUUGAACCGCUAUAAUCAAACAUACAAAGUAGUCGUACAAUUAAAACAGAGAUACAAAGAGAAUCCUCAAGAACUACCAGUAAAACCACAGAGAGAGUAUCAACACAUCUAUGAUUACCUGGUAAUAGAUAAUCAGCUGAAUGGUGGAUACAUUACAACAGAGAAAUCGAUCAAACAAUUCGACCCAAUUAAAUCAAUAGUAAAAUCGUCUUAUUAUUACUAA